AUGACCAAAACUAGAAGAACUCUGGAUGGGGCACGCAUAUUGAUGCGGGAAAGCAGCACGGGUGAGUCAAUUUCAUCGUUGAGUUACUUGGCGACGAGCAGGCUGGAGCGGUUAGUUAUUUGUCGAACCGCGAAUAAAUUACAAAAAGCUAGUGGUGUAGAAAAUAGUCGAAAAGUGAGAGAAAAGGUGUUGUACCCCUACCGACUAAAAUUCGAGGAAGGACCGCUCUCUGACCCCACAAUUGAGGCUUGGACAUUGCCAGCACAUCCGGUGGCCGCGCGGAGUACGCUGACGCAUAGCACUCGCGCAAGAGGAAACUACAUCACGGAGCCAAUACAAUGUGCAGUCGUCGCAUCAGUAUCGCCAUUCAUCGCUGGGAACGGCGAUAAAGCAGAACAACUCAGCGUAAAUCCUAGGUCGCUCCUUUGGCUCGUAUUCCUAACUAUCGAAACAGUGAUCCUUGUCAUCGUCUUGAUCGAUGCCUGGCAUAAUUUUACUACCAACCCUUUGAUAACCACACUGCAUAACAGACAUUUCCCGAUCGAGUUUGUGCCAUUCCCAGCGCUAUGCGUAUGCAGCAACAAUCGAAUUUCCCGGGCAGCUGCCCACCGCUUUGCCGAACAGUUGAGGCGAAAUGAUGCUCUGAAACGGAACGUGAGCUUCUUCCUGGAACAGGUGAAACUGCUAGGAAGUCUGUAUGAUUUCGAAUAUGAAAACCCACAGGAGAUGAAUAAAUUUCAGCAGCUUUUGGAUUUGUACGAUGCCGGUAACACAUCUGAAAAACAUAACAUCUCCGACAGGAUUGCGAUGCUUGCACCGAGGUGUGAGGAUAUGCUGCUGCGCUGCUUCUGGAAUGGUAACGAGUUUCCAUGCAUGGGAAAAAACGGUAUGUUCGAGAUGAAACAGACCCAAUACGGAUCGUGUUGUGUUUUCAACUCUACCGGCCACAUGGAAGACAAUGAUGACCAGACACAAAUGUAUCCUUCCAGCAACCAUUUAUGUAGGACCGAAAUUGAAACAGCAGGAAUGAUGCUGCUAUUGAAUGACUCAUUAAACGACUAUUUUUAUAACCACUACAAUAGCAUUGGUUUUAAACUUCAAAUAUUCAACACUGCGGAAAUACCGGAUGCGGCAACAGGAGGUGCUAUCGAACAAUUCAUUCACCCUGGGACGGAGACUUUUGCCCGUCUGGACGCAACCAUUAUCACCAGCGAACCUGCCGUCAGGUGGUUCUCCAAAGAGCAGCGUGGUUGUCUGUUCCGUAAUGAGCUGCUCAAAUAUGGUGGUAGCUAUGGUCGAAGCAAAUGUGUGGCCGCCUGCCGCGCCCGGAGUAUGCUGGCCCUCUGCAAGUGUAUCCCAUUCUACAUGGCGACGGCGGACGAUGUUAGCGACAGGUCCAUAACCAUCUGUAAUCUGCAGCAUGUCGCGUGUUUGAACAAGUACAAAAUAAAAUGGUACACCGUUAUUACUGACAUUGUACAGAUUCCGGGGGUGGAAAAAGAGAUGGAGGAAUCGUUGUAUUGCCCGGACUGUUUACCUUCCUGCUCCGACAUCAAAUACCAAAUUUCCGCUUCGAAGAUGUCUCUGUCGAAGAGCACUCUCAGUGAGUACAACUUGACGAAUGAAAUCAAAGAUGUUUCUGAAAUAGCCCUAGUGCGGUUAUUUUUCGGACAAUCUGAUGUGUUGCUUUACAAACAAGACGUGGUAUAUUAUUGGUUCGAGAUACUGAGUAAUUUGGGUGGCAUGUGUGGAAUCCUGGCUGGCCUCUCGCUGAUAAGCAUAUCGGAAAAUGUUUACUUCAUCCUCAGACAGGUGGUAUUGGUUUCGCUCACCAUGUACCGGCGUUUCCGGGAGCAGAGGCGCCGAGCCCGAAUAGCGGUGCAGUUUUUGAAGUGAAUUUAAACACUCGUCAAACCCGUGCCACCCGAUUUUCAAAUUUCACUUUUCACAUGGGCCAUUGUUGACGCUGAUAAUCUGCACCCACCGAAUCAGAGAUAAUGGCACGAUAAUAUGCACGGGUAGCUCGGGUCCUUUCGAUGCAAUAUUCGGAAACACAAGAGAAAAGUAGGGGUAGAUGUACACCUUGGGGGUGUCAUCCUCUGACCAGUCAACACGGGUCAGUGAAAGCACAAUGUAGAUUAAAAUUUGAUUAACAUUCCCCGCUUUCUGACGUUCGCGCUGGUUCCGGAAUUACGGAUCAAACGGGGAGCAUUAUGAGUUGAACCCCACUUUGAAAUUGUAUACUAAAUAUUGGUGUAAUUACAAAUUGAAUGAUCGUAGGAGCAGUGAGGUGACGGAUAUUAUGUUUCUUUGCACCAAUUAGAGCAUUUAAAGCUAAAUAGCAUUAAUUCACAAUAUUCACAAUGAUGCAAAUUUUUAUUUAUUUUUUCCUCUACUAAUCCAUUACACUUUUAGGCUAUUUUUGAUAGCAAAUUCAGGAAUGUAAAUCCAAAUUGAUUCGAUUAAGGUAGUUAAUACUCCCAUUUACCUUCUUUAAACAAUGAAUGAAGAGGAA